UCUUGCAACGUAGGACAAGGCUUUGCAUUUCGGAGAAAACUGAAGAUUCAGAAAUACUACAGGAAAUUGCAGUGGAAGGAAAAGAAGGGUCAAACGUCCCAUGAAUCCCAGUUCACAGAUCACUACCCGGAUCAUCUGAAGCAUCUCUAUCUAGCUGAAGAAGAAAGGCUAAGGAAGCAACAAAGAAGAGUUGGCCAGCAUUUGCCAGAAUCAGCAACUGACCAGCCUUUGCCUGAAGAACACUCUAACACUGAUCAGACUUUGGUCGAGGACCAGUAUUGUGGUGUUCACCAGCUUCGGCCAGAAGAACAAGAUAGCCAAACAGUAAAUUCUGUGACUAUUCCAAAGAAAAAUAAAAAGAAAACUUCAAAUCAGAAAGCAAAAGAAGAAUAUGAACAGAUACAAGCUAAGCGUGCUGCUAAGAAACAAGAAUUUGAGAGGAGAAAACAAGAGAGAGAAGAAGCCCAAAGACAGUACAAAAAGAAAAAAAUGGAAAUGUUCAAAAUAUUGAGCAAAAAGACUAAAAAGGGCCAACCAAACUUGAAUUUACAAAUGGAGUAUCUUCUUCAAAAAAUACAGGAAAAAAGUUAGGCAUUAAAGGUUGAAGUAGUUCUACUGCCUCUUGGGCUCUUUUGUGCACAUACUGGUACGCCUCUAAGCAGUGGGCUUUAUAGUUAGCAAAGCUGAAUUAUUUUGCAGAUGUUUGUGUUCUUGUUAAAUUUUCUGUAUAUGUACUACAUGGUAGGACUUGCUUCUUAUUUAUUUACCUCUGAAGGGAGGGGGCUUGAAGAGCUUAAAAUCCUUUAGUUUG